AUGCCUGAAGUACCCCUCCCCGUAGCGCCCGUCACAUCGGAUGACCCCAAGAAAAAGGACGAGGAAAAGGCCAAGCAAGAUGCUCAGGGUUCCGCUGGAAAGCCAAACGGCGACAAGAAGGAAGGUGAAGGCGAAGAGCUGUCAGAGGAAGAUCAGCAACUUCGUAAUGAGCUCGAGAUGCUUGCAGAGCGCCUCAAGGAACCCGAUACUUCCUUGUACAAACCGGCUCUGGAGACACUGAGGACCUUGAUCCGAACGUCUACCUCUUCAAUGACAUCGGUCCCAAAACCCCUAAAGUUCUUGAGACCUUUGUACCCGGAAUUGCAAGAAUUGUAUGAGAAAUGGCCCGCUUCAGACGACAAGAAUCUAUUCGCGGACAUACUUUCCGUCCUUGCCAUGACCUAUUCGGAUACUCAGCCUCGCGGGACCCUAAAAUACCGCCUGGCAUCGACUGCCGCUUCUAAAACCCCCUCCGACCCAGGAUCCUGGGGCCAUGAAUACAUCAGACACCUGGCUGCUGAGCUUGGUGCAGAAUAUCUACUGCGUACCGGUACAGGUGGGGAGCCUGGCCAAGAAAAGUUACCCGGGAAAGAGGGCGACGAGGGAAUAGAAGAGCUCCGAGAGUUGGGUCUUACUUGUGCCAAGUUCUUGCUCAAGCAUAACGCCGAAGCGGAUGCUGUCGAUCUAUUACUUGAGCUGGAGUGCAUAGACCGUAUAACAUCACUGGUGGAUACGAACACUUACGCGAGGGUGUGUCUGUAUAUGGUUUCUUGCGUCAACUUGCUUCCUCCUCCCGAUGAUCUUGCUUUCCUCCGAACUGCACACGAGAUUUACAUCAACAACUCAAAAUUCCCCGAAGCACUUGCACUGGCGAUUAGGAUAGGAGAACCCGAGCUAAUUGCAAAGGAUUUCAAGGCCCCGGGCAACGCACUUAUGAAACGGCAACUCGCUUAUAUCCUGGCCCGGGCCCAAACACCAAUUGACUGGGUGCAAGAACAGUCAGAGGAUGAGAACGAGAUGGAUCCCGUAGAGAUGCCGGAGGACCUAUUGGAAUGCUUAAGCAAUACCAAAUUAUCGACGCACUUCAAGGCGUUCGGGAAGGAGGUUGGAGCCGAAGAGGCACGCACUUUGGAGGAAGUCUACAAGAGUCAUCUUGAGCCUGCCCGAUCAAUGACCACCGUCGAUUCGGCACGCGCGAAUCUUGCUGGAACCUUUGUAAAUGCGUUUGUGAACGCCGGAUUUGGGAACGACAAGCUCAUGGUCACGGCCGAAGAAGGCAACAGCUGGAUUUAUAAGAAUAAGGAUCACGGCAUGCUCAGUGCUGCUGCCAGUCUUGGCCUCAGUUUACUAUGGGAUACUGACCUUGGGCUCAGCCAAGUCGAUAAGUAUACUUAUGCCGAAGAAGAAUAUAUCAAGGCUGGGGCCCUUCUGGCAACUGGUAUCCUGCACUGCGGAAUCCGUACCGAAACCGACGCAGUUAUCGCGUUAUUGGCAGAUUAUGUCGAGAACAAGAGCGUACCACUUAGGACAUCUGCAUCAAUCGGUAUUGGCAUCGCAUAUGCAGGAGCAUAUCGCCAGAGCUUAGCAGAGCUAUUGCUCCCACUCGUCGCUGAUGAAACACUCAGUAUGGAAGUCUCUUCCCUUGCAGCCCUUGCUAUUGGCUUUAUUUUCGUCGGAAGUUGCAACGGCGAGGUCGCGAUGACCAUCCUUCAAACCCUGAUGGAGCGUGAUGAGUCGGCGCUUAGCGACAAGUGGACCCGAUUCAUGAUUCUGGGGCUGGCAUUAUUAUACCUUGGUCGACAGGAUGCCUCGGAUGCAACAAUCGAGGCCUUGCGCGCUGUGUCCCAUCCGGUUGCCAAACAGGCACUUGUACUCGUUGAAAUAUGUUCGUUUGCCGGGACAAGUAAUGUUCUCAAGGUCCAAAGGAUGUUGCACGAAUGCAAUGAUCACAUCGAAGGGGACGACUCCUUCCAGGCGUUUGCCGUCAUUGGUAUCGCCCUAGUUGCAAUGGGCGAGGACGUUGGCGCCGAGAUGUCGUUAAGACAAUUCCAGCACUUGAUGCAUUACGGCUCUCCGACUAUUCGAAAGGCAGUUCCUCUGGCGUUGGGUCUCAUCAGCGCAUCCAAUCCUCAGCUAAGCAUCCUCGACACUCUUUCCAAAUAUAGCCACGACAACGACCUUGCCGUCGCCCUUAAUGCCAUAUUCGCUAUGGGUCUUGUCGGCGCCGGCACCAACAACGCAAGGCUUGCACAGAUGCUGCGACAACUGGCUGGUUACUACCAUAAGGAACCCGAUUGCUUAUUCAUGGUGCGCAUUGCUCAGGGCCUGGUCCAUAUGGGCAAGGGUACUUUGAGUAUCAACCCAUUCUUCAACGACCGCAGUAUCAUGUCCAAGCCUGCUGUUGCUGGAAUUCUUGCCACACUUAUUGCAUUUACGGAUGCGAAAGCUUUCAUUCUCGAUAAAUCUCACUGGAUGCUCUACUUCUUGGUUACCGCAAUGUAUCCUAGGUUUAUGAUUACUUUAGACGAGAAGCUCGAGAGCCUUCCGGUCACAGUGCGCGUUGGUCAGGCUGUCGAUGUCGUUGGCUUGGCAGGUAAACCUCGAACCAUAUCUGGAUUCCAAACACAUCAGUCGCCUGUACGGUUGGGAACAACAGAACGUGCUGAGUUGGGCACAGAGGAGUAUAUUCCAUACGCAGCGGUGCUGGAAGGCUUUGUUAUUUUAGAAAAGAAUCCUGGUUAUGUGGACGAGUCAAAGAUGGAAAUGUGA